AUGGCUUCUUCGAAUGGAUAUGGUGCCCUCAACGGCUCGGGCCGGGACAGCAGCGCCGCAGAACGUGGUGACGAAGAGCAGCCGCUCCUUGGGGGUCGACCAUCGAAGCCGGGAUGGCGCAAACUCAUGACCAUGGAUGUCUGUCGAGACUGGGCUGAUCUAGUCUUGCUCUUAUGCUACAUCAUCACCGGCCUGCUGGACAGCGCUUCCAUAUCGACGUGGGGGUCUUUCGUGUCCAUGCAAACAGGCAACACGGUAUACUUCGGCCUCGGGCUAGCCGCACCGCACGAAUCGACCCGCUGGAUCAAGUCCGGCACGUCCCUCGGCUGCUUCUGCGUCGGCUCCGUCUUCUUCAGUCGCUUCCACCGGCUCUUCUCGCCCAAGCGGCGCUGGGUGCUCUGCGCGUCCUUCGCGAUGCAGAUGCUGUUCAUCGUCUCCGCCGCCGCCAUCGUGACCUUCGGCCCGCAGACCGCCGACGCAAAGGAGGCCAUCGGCUGGCCUGAGCUCGUGCCUAUCGCACUGGUCGCCUUCCAGAGCUGCGGCCAGGCCGUCGUCAGCCGUGCGCUCAAGUACAAUGCGCUGACUAGCGUCGUGCUGACUAGCAUCUACUGCGACCUGUUCUCCGACGCCGAACUCCUGACUGUGCACAACCCCGAGAGGAACCGCAGGGUCGGGGCACCGGUGCUGCUGCUGGUCGGUGCCGUGUUGGGUGGACUGCUGGCGCAUAGCUCAGUCGGCACCGCGGGCGUGCUGUGGAUUGCGUCUGGGCUGAAACUGAUCGUCGUCGUGGCGUGGUUUGUCUGGCCAGCAGAGAAGGAGUAG